CUCAUAAAUUUCACUCAUAAAAUACAACCUCUCACGAAGUGGGAGCGAUCUUCAAUACAAGGAAUGGCACACGAAAUAUCAAGAAUUAACGCCAAACCGGGAACUUGUGAAUCUGCCAAUCGAAAGCGAAGUGAGCCUGACAAGGAACCUACGGCUCCGGUAAUCGAAAGUCGAACGGUUCCAUCGCAUUAUACCGUAGAGGUGCACUUUAUCACCGACCUCAAACACAACUCGUACUUCGGUGAACAAACGGAAGAUCGCGUUGCCUAUGCAAUGCUAUUCAUGCACUCGGUUAGCCUUCGCUUGCAGCAGCUUGAACCACCUGUCCGGAUAGGGUUAGCAGCAGUUGAAGGACUGAAGACGAAUCCAUCUUAUAUGAAGCUUUAUCCGGAUGGCGAUCUCAUUGGAGAUAGAACCCUGGAUGACCUAAUCCAAUAUGUUAACAAUAAUGAGGUGCCGAAGAAGUCUGACCUCGUCUAUAUGUCAACAGGUCUAGAUAUAAAAUACGGCACUGAUCCAAGUAAAUAUGUCAGCCUUGCAGGAAUCACUACCACAGGUCAAGCUUGCAGGAAGGACAAAGUGGCCAUAGGGCAGGACACACCCGACACCUUUUCUGGGGUGCAAACUGCUGCUCACGAAAUAGCACAUCUGUUGGGUGCUCCUCACGACGGAGAAGGUGACGCGAAGAACUGCUCAUCGCAAGACGGAUACAUAAUGAGCACGCACGAAGGCGGAAAGAACGGCCUCACUUUUUCCGACUGCACGAAAAAGGCCGUCGCCCAGUUUUUCGAGAAGCCGGGCUCUGAAUGCCUUAGGAAAGAAAUAUUAUGUUACGUCAUUUCACUUCCGAAUAAGGCGGCAGACCUGCCAGGGGAUGUAAUGGAUGGGCCCACUUUCUGCAGCAAGUACUAUCCAAAGGGAAAGUACAAGAGUUCGACUUACAUCAAGGUGGACUCUGACCUGAACCGAUGUCUAUUUCGCUGUUUGGUAGAGUCCAAGAGACUUCCCCGUCGGGCGAUGAACGUUACACCAUUUGCAGUCGAUGGUACGCCGUGUUCUCAAUCUGAACCCCGAAAGGUAUGCAAGAGCAGGAUCUGCGUGGAACCAUAACACAGUUAUAUUGGUCCAAUGAGAAACAUUCACAUAAGCUGACGUAUCUUCUCGGGAACUCUUCCGAUAUAA